AUGAAAGCCAGGAAACGUCAAAAGCUGGAGGGUUCUCAAGCCGGAAAGAAGGCGACCGCAAACAAAUCUUCAAAAGCCGCGCCACCAAAGUUGGAAAAAGUCCGUCUGGAUGAUUUAGCCUGGAACGAUGUCGAAAUGCCGGACAGACUGGAUGAUAUGGAGGGUUUCUAUGGUCUGGAGGAGAUCGAAGACGUGGAUGUUGUCAAAGACGACAACGGCAUUGUCUCUUACCGGGCUAGCAGCGACAAGGCUACAAAGAAGAGAGCUGCACCCGAGGAAUCUGAAGAUGACGGUGAAGAAUUCACUGGUUUCGACGACGAAGCCGGCGAGGCCGCUGAUGAUGACAAGGAGGAAGGCGGUGCUAUGAUCAUCGAAACUGUGACUCCCAGAUCGGCCCCUGAACUCGAGGAAGGAGAAACCUGGGAAGACAGAAAGAAGAAGCAAAAAGAAUUGCAGAAGCAGCACUUGAAGGAGAAGAAGCAAAAAGAAAAGAAAGAAAAGAAGGAGAAGAAGCCGAAGCCCGAGAAGAAGCAGAAGAAGGAAGCUGCUCCCCAGGCUGACCUUGGUUCCGCGACUUUCGCCAACCUUUUGGAUGAAGAAGAGGAUAAAGGUGCCGACAUUACCGCAUGGCGCCCUCUGAAGCUCUCGGACGAGACUCUUGGAGCGCUUUCGAAGAUGAAGUUCCACCAGCCAUCAGCCAUCCAAAAAGCAGCCAUCCCUGAGGUUUUGGCCGGUCACGAUGUUAUCGGAAAAGCCAGCACCGGAUCUGGAAAGACGUUGGCUUUCGGUAUUCCCAUCCUGGAGCGCUAUCUCGAGAUGCAGAAGAUUGCUGGAAACAACAAGAAGAAGGUCAACUCAGAAGAGGAGGCUGCUCGCAAACCUGCUUUGGCGCUGAUUCUUUCGCCUACUCGUGAACUCGCUCACCAAAUCUCUACCCAUCUCACAACUCUAUGCUCUGGUCUGGACAAGGCGCCUUGGAUCGCAACUCUCACAGGUGGUCUCUCUAUGGCCAAGCAACAGAGACAAUUGAAGAACGCAGAUAUCAUUAUUGGUACUCCCGGACGUCUCUGGGAGAUCAUCAGUGGAGGUCAUGGUGUUCUCAAGUGGUUGAAGCAGAUUCAAUUCCUGGUUAUAGAUGAAGCCGAUAGACUGCUCAGUCAGGGCCAUUUCAAGGAGCUGGAGGAGAUCAUCAACGUCCUCGACCGCAAGGACGACUUCAAAGCAGAGGAACACGAGGAUGAGGACGAAGCACCGGAAGUGGUUGAGGAAGUCGAGAGACAGACACUCGUCUUCUCUGCUACUUUCCACAAGGGUCUGCAGCACAAGCUUGCAGGCAAGGCCAAGCCAGGUGCUGGUCUUAUGGACAAGAAGGAGAGUAUGGAAUAUCUACUGAAGAAGCUCAACUUCCGUGAGGAAAAGCCCAAGUUCGUCGAUGUCAACCCUAUCAGUCAGAUGGCUUCUGGUCUCAAGGAAGGCAUGGUUGAAUGUGGUGGUACCGAAAAGGAUCUCUACCUCUACGCACUUCUUCUGCUGCAUCCCAAUGCCAGAACAAUCGUUUUCUGCAAUUCCAUUUCAGCUGUUCGCCGUCUCACGCCAUUCUUGCAGAAUCUACAACUACCCGUUCACGCUCUUCACUCGCAAAUGGCACAGAAGGCACGUCUGCGUGCCAUCGAGCGCUUCACCUCAAACAACCAAAACAAAACCAACCACAAGGGUUCCAUCCUCUUGGCCACUGACGUCGCUGCCCGUGGUCUCGAUAUUCCCAACGUCAACUUGGUCAUCCACUACCAUCUACCCCGUGCCGCAGACAACUACGUCCACAGAUCCGGUCGUACUGCCCGUGCCGGCGAGACAGGUUCCAGUAUCCUGAUCUGUGGACCCGAAGAAGUGGCCGGUGUACGCAGAUUGAUCGCAAAAGUGCACGCCAGCUCUGCAGCAGCCGGCGCCGAACCCGCAAACGACGCAGCAAAGAACGGCUACUUUAUCCGCAGUUUAGACAUCGAUCGUCGUGUCGUCAGCAGACUGAAGCCCAGAGCCAAUCUCUCCAAGAAACUUGCCGAUACCACUAUUGCAAAGGAGAAGAAGCACAGUGAAGACGAUUUCUUGAGGCAAGCUGCUGAGGAUCUGGGUGUCGACUAUGACUCUGAGGAGUUCGAGAAUGCACCUGGUAAGCGAGGUAGAGGUGCUGGCAGAAUCAAGAAGGAGAGAGAGGCUAGAGGGUUGACCAAGGCUGAGACUGGUGCGCUCAGAGCUCAGUUGAGAGAUAUGCUGAGUAGCAGAGUCAAUGUUGGUGUUAGUGAGAGGUAUUUGACCUCCAGUGGUAUUGACAUCGAUGCUUUGUUACAGCAGCAGGAAGCUGGUACGCAUGGCGAGUUCUUGGGUACAGUCGCGGACCUCAUGGAGUAG